AUGCUUUCACUAAGUUAUCAAUCUCUGGAGGAUUUCACUGGCCUCCCUCGUGUUAGGGAAGCAGUAGCGCGUGGUGAGACGGGGCUCUUGGUUCAUGGACUUCCGCCAUUUGUGCGAGACUUACCUCUUGAUGAUAUUCCCCACGACUACCAAGCCCAAAAGAACAAUGACGCCAAUCCACUGGCGGUCGUCGUGAUGCAAACACUACACCGAUUUUCGCAUUGUGUUUUCAACAAUCUCAGCCAUGUAGCCGAGCUACCUUGGGAGAAGUACCUUGGCGAGAUGCACGAGUUCCUCGCUCCGGGAACAGAUGAGCUUCGAGUUUUCUCGCCCGACCAGCAUGUGCCGAGUUAUUGGUCGACUUUGAGCAUCGUUAUAAAUAAGUCUAACCCUGAGAAAGCUCUUGUUGCUUUCGGAACUGCUUUGUCUGUCUUUACUGAAGGAAUGACGCCAGAACCAACUGGGUCGUCAAUUGACCUUUCGGAACUGUCGGGGUCAUUCGACAAACCUAAGGGCGAUUGGGUUGUGUAUUACGUGCGUCCGAAUAAUGGUGUGUUCUAUACCAGGACAGCUGGUGCUCUUAUGACGCCAUUGAGCACAAAAGACUACCAUGAGGGGAAGAGGGUUCAGGAUCUCAAGAUUAUACAAUAA